AUGGAUUUAGAAUUAGAGCCAAGCUUAGAGUCAAUAAUCACCCAGGAUUCUUUAAAGUGGAUUUUUGUUGGUGGUAAAGGUGGUGUUGGUAAAACCACUACGUCAUCAUCAGUAGCAGUUCAAUUAGCUUUAGCACAUCCAAAUGAUCAAUUUUUACUUAUUUCAACUGAUCCAGCACAUAACUUAUCAGAUGCAUUCUGUCAAAAGUUUGGUAAAGAUGCAAGACCGGUUGAAGGAUUAUCAAAUUUGUCAUGUAUGGAAAUUGAUCCCGAAGCAGCAAUGAGUGAUUUACAACAACAAGCUCAACAAUAUAAUAACGAUCCGAAUGAUCCUUUGAAAAGCAUGAUGAGCGAUAUGACUGGAUCUAUUCCAGGUAUCGAUGAAGCAUUAUCAUUUAUGGAAGUUUUGAAACAUAUUAAAAAUCAAAAAGCUAGUACUAAUGAUUCAAAUGAAAAAAAUGAAGCAAUUUCUUAUAAAACAAUUAUAUUUGAUACUGCACCAACUGGUCAUACUUUACGUUUCUUACAAUUACCAGCCACAUUAGAAAAAUUAUUAUCUAAAUUCAAAGAUUUAAGUGGGAAACUUGGUCCAAUGUUGAAUAUGUUAGGUGGUGGUCAACAACAGGAUAUGUUUGGUAAAUUGAAUGAAAUUCAAGUUCAAGUUGCGGAAGUUAACGAGCAAUUCACCAAUCCUGACUUAACCACAUUCAUUUGUGUUUGUAUUUCGGAAUUCUUAUCAUUAUAUGAAACUGAAAGAAUGAUUCAAGAAUUAAUGUCUUAUAAUAUGGAUGUUAACUCAAUUGUGGUUAAUCAAUUAUUAUUUGCUGAAGGUGACGAAUCCUCUUGUAAAAGAUGUGAAUCAAGAUGGAAAAUGCAAAAAAAAUACUUGGAUCAAAUGGGUGAAUUAUAUGAAGAUUACCAUUUAGUUAAAAUGCCUUUAUUAGGUUGCGAAAUUAGAGGGAUUGAAAAUUUGAAAAAAUUCUCUAAAUUCUUAAUCAAACCUUACGAUCCAAAAACUGACGGUGGUCUUUUACUUGCACCUAUUGAUUCGGGAAUUUUCAUCAUCAUGGCUAGAGGCAACCAAAGAGACCUUGCAAGAGCUAAGAACUUGAAGAAACAACAAGAAAACCAAAAAAAUCAGAAAAAAUCAGGAGAUCCUUCUAAAAGAAUGGAAAGUGAUGCUGAUAAAAUGAGAAGAAAACAAGCAGAAGCCGAUGCCAGAAAAGCAGCUGAUGCUGCUAAUGGUAGAAAGAAAUAA